AGAUCAGCAGUGCUUUGUGCUCGUGGGUCCCUCUGUGCCAGGUUCUCAUCUAGAGAUGAGAUAAAUCUUGAAGGCUGCGAUGCCUCUUGCUGUCCAUUGCCCUGUUAGCUCUGGUACCCCAAAGCAGCAGCUGUAACCCCUAUUAUUAACUAUGGACUCAAUUUGUUCCCGGGCAGCCUGUAGCCUUAUGUAGCCCUAUGGCCUAUAGAGGAAGAGGUUUUUCCUUUAGGGUGAAUUAUUUUUAAAGGGGAUGGAAGGGUUUGCUCUGUACUGUGCGUAUCUGUGGUGCGUGCCCCUGGCUGUGCUCGUGGGGGUGGACUGGUGUGCAGGGGGAGCUGGUUUGGGCAGCACUGAUUGCUGUCAGUGACCUCUGGGAGCAGGGGAGUGCAAGGUCCCGCAGAUUGCCUGCAGGUGGGGAGCAUUCAGCUCCAUGGGGUUAUCCCUGCUAAGCAGAAAGCUGAGAUACUUCUGGAAGCUGCUCUUGGUGCUGGGGUGGAUGGUGUUGCCCUGCCCUUAACUUUCUACUGGUGAGAAGCAGCAGAGGUGUGAGCAGCUCGGGGGUGCUGUGCCUGCUGUGCCUUUAUCUCUGCAGUUGCUCUUUGCUAUGACAGAUUUUGCUUUUGCAACCAAAACCAAACUCAGAGGCGAAAGCAUUUGUUUCCCAGCAGCACCGUACGUCAUCGCAUCUCUGCUUUACUCUGAUAAGAACUGCACGCUGUGCUGAUGUCCCACGUCAAUGCUCAGCAUCUCUGUCUGUAGGGCUGGGCUGGGCCUCCUCCUCUGUGUGUCCCAUCUGCUGCUUGCCCAAGGUGAAGGGAACACUAAUCCAGGAUUCCUAUGGGCUGAGCCCAGCACUGAGCAGCACAAAGGGCAGCACGUGGCAGCGCCAGAGUGGGGAGCAGAGAGGAUGUGAUGCUGAGCUCAGCCUGGGUGAUGUUCUGAUAGGGAUCGGAGAGAAGGGCGCUGCUGGUGCCAAAGUCUGCAUGCUGCAAUCAAAUGAAGUGUUUACAUGGACGAAGGCCAUCAGCAGCCCUGGGUUCCCACUUAUUUCCUGCUCUUUUGCUCAAUGAGCUGCGAUGCUGGAAAACCCCAUGGCUGUCCCCAUCCAUGUGUGCAGUGACUGCAUCAGUUCCCAGCCCAAACUUGCUCGGGGUGCCGCAGGGUAUCUGUGUGCUGCAGUUUCUCACCCCACAGCUUUGGGGCCGUGCUGCAUAUCCCAUUAUAUCCCACUUCCAUUCAUGGAGUCGACUUCUGCUCUCUGUGGGGUCCCCCUGCCAUGCUCCAGCACAGAGCAGCCCAGGCCCUCCGUGCCACCACUGCGUGUCCUCCUCACCUCCAAUGAUUUUUGCCUUCUGUGACAGCUUUUGCCCACUCUCUCCCAACCCCUCGCUCACAAUUAAUGGCUGAAUUUGCAUGCGAUGCCUUCCCUUCACCCCACUCCUGCACCACAGAGCUGUGGGUGCUGCAACUCCGCUUCCGUUCUGCUCCAGUCGCCGUGAUGCGAUAGGGGGCUGCGGUUUCCUCUGAGCACAUGAUCAUGGGGGGGGCAGGCAGAGCAGUGCUGGGGUGGCUGCUCAGCCCAGCGCCAGGAUGGCGGCUGCUGGUGGAGCACCUAUGGGGAGCCUCCCCAGGGAGGAGGAGAACCCCGAGAUGGAUCUCUCACACCGCUUCUCCAAGCAAGAGCUGGCCGUGCUCUACGAGGAGGUGCUUUACACCAUCCGGCACCGUCUGGGCAAACCGCAGCCCCAGCACGUUGCUGACAGCCAGGAGCUCUGUGCCUAUGUGCAGAAGGCUUUUGGCAUGGAUGCAGAGGAGCACAGGACCAUCAUGCAGCAGGUCCAGGAGCUGGAGAGCCCAAUUUUUUGUCUGAAAGCAACUGUGAAAGAAGCCAAGGGGAUUUUGGGUAAAGACGUCAGCGGGUACAGCGACCCGUACUGCCUGCUGGGCAUCGAGUCCAAGAGCCAGGAGCCAGCCCACCCCAACAGCAAGAGGAGGCUGAAGGCUGUGGUCAAGGACCUCAUCCCUGAAGACCAGAUCCAUCGCACCCAAAUCAUCAGCCAGACCCUCAACCCGGUGUGGGAUGAGACGUUUAUCCUGGAGUUUGAAGACAUGGAAACAGCCAGCUUCUACUUGGACAUGUGGGACUCAGACACGGUGGAAUCAGUGCGGCACAAACUGGGCGAGCUGACGGACCUCCAUGGCCUCAAACGGAUCUUUAAGGAUGCUCGGAAGGACAAAGGGCAGGAUGACUUCCUGGGGAAUGUGGUCCUCCGUCUGAAGGACCUGCACUGCUGGGAUGACCGGUGGUACCAACUGGAGCCGCGCACAGAGACGUACCCCAACCGGGGCCAAUGUCACCUGCAGUUCCUGCUGACCCACAAGAAGAGGGCCACCACCUGCAGCCGGACGCAGCCGAGCUACACCGUGCACCGCCACCUCCUGCAGCAGCUGGUCUCUCAUGAGAUCCUGCAGCACCAGGCUGGCAGCACCGCCUGGGACGGGGAGCUGAGCCCACAUGCCAGCACUGUGCUGUACCUGCAUGCCACACAAAAGGAUCUCUCUGACUUCCACCAGGUCAUGGCGCAGUGGCUGGCGUACAGCAAGCUGUACCAGAGCCUGGAGUUCAACAGCAGCUGCCUGCUGCACCAGAUCACCGGCAUCGAGUACCAGUGGGUGCAGGAGCGCCUGCGGCCGGAGCAGAAAGCAGAGCUGGCAGAGUCCUUCCAGUCCUUGCUGACCUAUGGGGUGUCCCUCAUCAGGAGGUAUCGCAUCAUCUUCCCCCUCUCUGUCGCGAGGUCCACAGAGAGGCUGCAGUCCCUGCUCCGGGUCCUGGUCCAGAUGUGCAAGAUGAAAGCUUUCAGAGAGCUGUGCACACUCAGCCCUGAUCUCCCCAAAAUGGUCUCUGAGGCACUCAAGUCAGGCACGACAGAGUGGUUCCACAUGAAGAAGCUGCACCUCCAGCCCAUGGUGAAGAGCAUGGAGGAAAAUGGCAAAGCCUUGGCCAAACUCCUUUUGGAGGUGAUAGGAGAUCUCCAGCAAUGCCACAGAAUCUGGAAUAAUUUCUUCAUCAGCACCUUGAAGCUGAAUCUCUUCUCCAUCACCUACUUGGAGCUGGAGAGCCUGGUUGCAGAGCACGUCCAGGAGCAGCUGCGCGAGGUCGACGCUGGCAUGUCCAAACCCACAGCUGAAAGCCUCUUCCAGCUCUACCUGAACCUGCAGGAGCUCUACAAGAUGAAGGACUUCCUCCCGAAGAGAGAUGGGCCUUUGGCUCUGAGUGAUUUCCACCAGUGGUUCAAGGAAGCUGUGCCUCAGUGGCUGCAGAAGGCCUACAGCAUCGCACUGGAGAGAGCACAGAGGGCUGUGCAGAUGGACCAGCUGACGCCCUUCGGGGAGCACAACAAGCACAGCACGUCCACUGUUGACCUGUCCACCUGCUAUGCCCAGAUCGUGAAGACCUGGCAGCAGCUCAACUGGCCGGACCCUGAGGAAGCCUUCAUGAUCAUGGUGAAACUCGUGGAGGAUAUGUGCAAAAUCGCCCUGAUGUAUUGCCGGCUCAUCAAGGAGAGGGCUGAGGCUCUGUCACUGAGCAAGCAGAACGAGGGUGAAGCAGCCAACAGGCUCUGCAUCGUGGUGAACAACAUCAAGCAGCUGCGGCUGCUCAUCCUGAAGCUGCCAUUGCAGCUGGACUGGGCCCAGCUGGAGCGGCGCAUGGGGGCUGUCAUUGACCAGCAGCAGAUCCAGCACACGCUGCACCAUCAGCUCAACAGCACCGUCUGCUGUCUGGACCAUGAGAUUCAGGACGUGGUGCAAGCCCUGGCCACCAAGCUGGAAGCAGGCAUCGCCAGGCACAUUCAAGAGCUGUCAGCCCCCAGCAAUGCUCAGGAGCCUGAGGAUUCCAUCCUCCCUCUCAUGAAGUUCCUGGAGUCCGAGCUGCAGUACCUGAAUGAGCACCUGGUCCAGGAGAACUUCAAAAGCCUCCUUGCUCUGCUCUGGCAUCACACCUUGGCCGUGCUGACAGCAGCUGCUGGCCCACAGGUGCCCUUGGUGCAGCACUGCAGGAAGCUGCACUGUGCCCUGAAGAGCCUGGAGCUGUGCUUCCAUGCUGAGGGCUGCGGGCUGCCUCUGGACACCCUGCACAGCACUGCCUUCCUGUCACUGGAGAGCCGCCUGGCCCUCUGCUCCUCCACCAGCCGCAAGCUCAUCCAGAAGUACUUCAGCAACAGGAUCCAGGAGCAGCUGGGCAUCAGCUCAGAGAAGUACGGGGCUGUGACCAUCAAAGCGCUGUACCGCCCUUCGGAGCAGAAGCUGCGCGUGGAGGUGCUCAAUGCUGCCAACCUCAUCCCCUUGGACUCCAACGGCUCCAGUGACCCCUUCGUGCAGCUCACCCUGGAGCCCCGGCAUGAGUUUCCCGAGGUGGUGGCCCGCAGCACCCAAUGCAAGAGGAAUGAGCUGCACCCCCUCUUCGAUGAAGCCUUCGAGUUCCUCAUCCCCUCUGAGAAAUGCCGCCAGGACGGGGCUUGUCUCCUGCUCACUGUCUUCGACUACGACACUCUGGGUGCCAACGACCUGGAGGGAGAAGCUUUCUUCCCACUGUGCCACGUGCCGGGCCUGGAUGCUGAUGAGGACCAGGCUGACAUGGGCUGGGUGCCCCAAACACGCCUCCCCCUUACCCACCCCAAACCUGGCGGAGAUGAGAUCCUGCAGCUGCUGGAGUGCAGGAAGGGAGACAAGGAGGCCCAGGCCUUUGUCAAGCUGCGCAAGCAGCGAGCCAAGCAGUCCAAGGAGGCAGCAUGAGGAGCAGAGGGACCUAAAUGUGGGGGUCCAGAAUGGGCUCCUUGCCCCCAGCACUGCCCCCCAUGGGGCUCAGGAGGGUCCUGGGGUGGUUGGGGAUCUCCCUGCAGACUAACACUACAUUGCCUGGCCGUGUCCCCAGGGCUCUGCGUGGGG